ACACACACACAUCCCAUUUAUGUAAAGGAUGCCAACCCUGAAGGUAAUGAUCAGUUGUGGUACUACCUUUGCCUCUGAGCUGCCUAGAUGAGAGACACAGAGCCUGGAGGGAAAUGAAAGAGAGAGGUAGAGAGAAAGAGAGAGAAUAACAGAGUGAGGGAGAGAGUGAGGGAGAGAGAGAGAGCUUUCAGCCUCCAGUCUUGCCUCUCCUCUGUCUGCUGCUGCUCCUUCUGAGCUGGUGUUUUUCUCAGUUAUCUACAGAUAGACAGAGCAGUGAGUUGUGAACAGUACAGUACUUCUGCCACACCACUGCCAUGACUCUACUGAUGUGAGUGAGAAGAGAGAGUUCCUCCUGUCCACCACCUGUCUACGGCUACAGCUCUGGAACCCUGCAGCCACAGGCAGAUAGCUACAGAGAAGACUGGUGUCCACUCUAAGGGUCCCAGUGAGGAGCAUGUGGUGAGGGCCAUGUCUCUGGAGAUGGAAAAGAGUGUCACUAAGUUGAUGUACGACUUCCAGAGGAACUCUACUUCUGACGACGACUCAGGCUGCGCACUGGAGGAAUACGCCUGGGUGCCCCCUGGCCUCAGCCCUGAACAGGUGCAUCAGUACUACAGUUCUCUACCUGAGGACAGGGUGCCAUAUGUGAACAGCCCAGGAGAGAAGCACCGCAUCAAACAGCUGAUUCACCAGCUGCCCCCGCACGACAACGAGGUCCGGUACUGUAACACGCUGGACGACGAGGAGAAGCGGGAGCUCAAGCUCUUCAGUAACCAGAGGAAAAGGGACAACCUGGGCCGAGGCAACGUCCGCCCUUUCCCUCUGUCCAUCAGCGGGGCCAUCUGUGAACAGUGUGGGGGCCAGAUAAAUGGAGGGGACAUUGUGGUGUUUGCGUCACGGGUGGGCCACGGCCUGGUGUGGCAUCCUCACUGCUUCGUGUGCAGCAUGUGUGAGGAGCUCCUGGUGGACCUCAUCUACUUUCACCAGGAAGGGAAGAUCUACUGCGGCCGGCACCAUGCAGAGAUGCUCAAACCCCGCUGCUGUGCCUGCGAUGAGAUUAUCUUUGCUGAUGAGUGCACAGAGGCAGAGGGCAGACACUGGCACAUGAAGCACUUCUGCUGCUAUGAGUGUGAGGCUCCGCUGGGCGGCCAGCGCUACAUCAUGAAGGAUGGACGUCCACACUGCUGCCACUGCUUUGAGUCCCUCUAUGCAGAGUACUGCGACGCCUGCGGUGACCACAUAGGCAUUGACCAGGGCCAGAUGACAUAUGAUGGGCAGCAUUGGCACGCCACAGAGGAGUGUUUCUGCUGUGCCCGCUGUAAGCGCUCCCUCCUGGGGCGCCCCUUCCUGCCCAAACAGGGACAGAUCUACUGCUCACGCUCCUGCAGCGCCGGACAGGACCCAGACGAGUCCGACUCAUCUGACUCGGCCUUCCAGAGUGCCCGCUCCCGUGAGUCUCACCACAGCAUCAAGAUCCUAAAACCGGAGCGCCGAAAUGCCGAGCAGGAGCGUCACCAGCCAGCGCCCAUGACUGAUCGUCUGUCUGUCGAGGUGGACCCCCUGUCUAUCCAGAUGGACCGUCUGAGCCUUGGCUCCAGCCAGACACCCAGUCGAACACCCAGCCGCACACCCAGUCGCACCCCCAGCCGCACCCCUAGUCUCAACCAGGUGUGGAUGAGCCGGGACGAACCUUACCCCCCAGCCUAUGAGACAGCCUACAAGGGCUCCCAGCAGGAUGCCUCUCCAACCCCCACAUCCCUGCUCCUGGGCCCAUGUAACCCCAGGCAAGGCUACAGCCCCAGCCCCCACAACCCCCACCCCCCAGCCCAGAGCCCUGUCAACCAAGCAAAAAGGCCUGAGUCCUGGGCUAAAGAGCAGGGCAACACCAAGCGAACGCCCAUGGCGGCAUUGAGGGGCCAAUCCUUCCAGGACAACUGGAUCCACCACAGCCAGGACGAGUUCCGCACACCCAAACUGAGGACCCAGAUGAGCUUCAACGAGGUGUCCAGCCAAGGCCAGGGCUUCUCGGACAAGAGGAGCAUCAGCCUGCAUGGCUUCCAGAGGGACAGCAGGCCCCCCCUGACCAGGACCAGGAAAGCAAUGUGCAACGGCAUGAGCUUCACAGAGCCCCUCACCCCUCUGGAACAGACCCCCCGAGGAUCUAUGGAAUCUCUGGCCCUGUCUAAUGCUACAGGUAACUCACUGGAUGGGGUAAGUAAGCGUCAAGAGCACCUUUCCCGAUUCUCCAUGCCAGACCUUAGUAAGGACUCUGGGAUGAAUGUGUCUGAGAAGAGCAACAUGGGCACACUGGGUUCCUCUGUCCAGUUCCGCAGCUCUGAGUCCCUGACCUCCUCUCGGCCCUACGGGAACCUGAAUACGCCUGUGCAAGUGGGGUACCCCCUGGGGUACUGGAAUGCCCCCCAGCCCCUGGCCUUUCAGGGUAAAGGUUGUGUGGGCCUGAUGGGGAGUAGUGGUAACCUCCGCAUGACCCCAAUGAGUGAGAGGAUCCCUCGUCGUCGGCCGAAUGGGCCAGAGCCCAUACAGCAACAACAACCAACACAACCACGGCGACGCAAACACCGUGGCAAUGGUAAUGAUGGAAACGGAAACCACCGCAGCAGCGGUCGCCACCACCGGCACUCUCGACGCUCACGCUCUGACAAUGCCCUCCACCUGGCGGCCGACCGGGCAAGUCAUAUGAUGGAACCCCCGCACCGUCGCGUUCAGGAGGACUACGACCGUUUCCCCGCCGGCCGCACCGCCCGGGACCUGUUUGGGGUGGAGGGCAUAGGCGGGUACAGACAGCAGCCUUACCGACCCUGCCCCCGCACCACCUCAGACCUUACCCUGCACAAUGCAGCGGGGGGUGGGGGGAUGCAGCCGCUGGGCCUUGGGGGACCACACUUGGGUGGAGAGGGGGCAGACCCCUGGUGCUCCAGCUGCUCCUCGUCCUCUGAGUCUGAAGAAGACGAGGGGUACUUCCUGGGUGAGCCCAUCCCCAGACCUGUCCAGUUACGCUACCUCCACAAUGAGGAGCUGCGCCACAGAUACAGCCCUACAGGGAUGGGAGGAAUGGGGGGCCACCAUGGACCCAUACAUGGACCCCUACAUGGACCCCUACAUGGACCCCUACAUGGAGGAAACCAAGGGCAGCUGCACGGACAGCUCCACAUGCGCCAGAGGAGGAAGAGCAAGAACUGCAUCAUCUCAUAGAGAGAGUUAGGGAUGGAGAGAGAGAGAGGGAGUGGGAGGGAGACAGAGAAAAAUAAAGCGAGAAAGAAAGGAAGGAGAGGGAGUGGGAGGGGGAGAGAGAGUAUAUGAAAGAGUGAUCGUGUGUGUAUCAAAGAGAGGCCUAUAUAUAUUUGAUGUGUGUGUUACACAACUAGCUCUAUGCGUAUGAGCUAAUCAGAACAGGAAGCCUGCAAUGGACUGGCUUCUUAAACAACUGCAAUGUUUACAAUGACUGGAGUCAGGUGACUAACGACUGGCAAAAACAUCACAUUUGUAUUUUUAACCAUUUAUUAUAUAGCCCAAGAAAGGUUACGGCAUUUGAUAGAUUAACUGUGUGUGUGUGUGUGAGCCUUCCAUAGAUACAUAACAGAAAUAUGGGACUUUUUCAUAACAUUUUACUGCUGUAGUAAAUUUACCAGCUGUUAUUUCAAACCAGUUUAAAAAUUAAUAGAAAUUCGAUUUAUGCAUGCAUAAUGUUCAGUAUGUCAACAAGACAUAACAUAAUACAGCAAAUAGUUGCAAUUCAUGCUGGAGUUGAGCAACUAUUUAGCAUUGUUUUUCUGUCUUGAAACAGACAAGGGAUAAAUUCACCAUGUCUGUAAAGUUUAAUGAAUGCUCCCAAAUGACUCAGUUUCAAAUAAGUAUUGGUACACAACUCCAAGAGCACUAAUGGCUGAAGUGCUCACAUAUUUUAUGUACCUACUGGACCUUGGAAAACCACCUGAGUGGACCUUCUCAUAGCGUUGACCAACCAAUGACUUAAAUCAGUCCAUAACUUACUAAGGAGAACCAAAAACUGCCUGGCACACACCACAGCCUUGGAAGUGUGAUUGUGGACGAUGUGUGCUAGAUAGAUUCCAUACAGUGUUGUCGUUUACCACAGCUGGAAAGCAAGAGCAGCUGGAUCUACAGUGCAGUUGGCUAGCAUAUCGUGUUAUCACCCUGUAUAAAUAGCCUGUUGAACCUAACCCUGUUCUGUGUGCUCUGCAUAGCCUACUACCCUGCCCUGCUCUCCACGCUUACCAAGGACAGCUCUGGACUAUGCUCCUUGGCCAUUCAGGCACAGUAACGUUCCGUAUGGUCCCGUUUUCUCCCGCAACAUGCUUUGUUUUUCAACAUUAUAAUAUUACUACUAGAUAAAAAAAUAUAUAACAAUAGUAAUACCUGUUAAAUGUAUAUAACAGUAAAAUAAAUGUUAUUUAAGUUAUGGAUGUAGUAAUGUAAAUGUACUGUACAUAAUGGUCCUAAAUAUUUAUAUAUAUUUUGUAACUACAGAACCAUUAUUUGUAUAACAUGAUGUAGAGAUAGAAAAGGCUUGCAUGUUUAUUUGUUGAUGUUGUGUCAUAUUGGAAUUAAAGUGGAUUUUAAUGAACAGUGGACAUUUUGGUGACACUAUAAUAAUAACCAUGUUUAAUAGGCCAUUAUAAACGUUUAUAAGUGUAUAUAAAUGCUGUAAAGCUG